AGUAAUGAGCACUGUAGAGCCAGAUGAUUGAGUCGAUGUGAAUUGUUGCUAGUAUAUAACUGGACCUGAUCCACAAUUGAUUAAGAUUGACAUUCAACAAUGGGAUAAUGUUAUCUCAAUAAGACGAAGUUAACAAUGGCUUCAUAUAGCCCAAAACUUUCAGAGAGGAAAUAUAACAAUUGGGUUAAGGCUCAGUUAGCAGUGUUAUUUACUAAAGAUGGACUAGAACCUUUUGUAUGUCACGAAGUUCAAAAAUUCCGGCUGGAAUGUUUAGAUGGUAUUUGUUACAACAAUGGAUUGAUAAGUGGAACUUUGUGUUCAAAUUGCGGUACAGAAAAUGUUAUUAAAUGUCCCACAAAUAGAAUAUGUAAUGUUGGUCGUGGAAAAUGCAGUUAUCAUCGAAAUGCUGCAACAAGGUAUAAUCCUGCCGGCUGCCCUAACAAGAUAUGCCAUAAUUUCACAACUAAGAUACAGAAUGUACAUAGGUACUAUGGUCCGUCGUUCAAAAACACUGAUGCUACCCAGUGGUGCAGCAAUUCCUGGGGAAUAGCUAAAUGUUUCAUGCCCCCUGAUGGAUAUAAAGAUGUAGCUUGUGCAGAAGAAACAGACUUUAAUGGCAUCAUAAGUGUUAUCAUUAACAACAAAAACUUUCAGUUGAAAGUACAUGAAAACCUAGGCAACAAGAACAACAUUUUUGAGCAGGCAAGAGAAAUUGGUAGAAUUUUGAGGCAUUCGCCAACUUUAGAGGUAGAGGAUAUAGACCUGCAUCCAUACUUCAUAGUAUUUCAACAUGUUCUUUCUGAUGCCGGAUAUUUAGCUACAGACACGCACGCACAAGAUGCCAAGCAGAAGCUGUUAGAUUUAGAAAAUGACAUCCUGAUCAUUGGAAAAGAUGAUGUAAGGAAAGUACUAGAUGAUGUUGCAAAAACAACUCGGGACACUAUAAUAGUAGAAAAAGAUGACCAAAAAAGACAAUCUGAGAUUAUCAAAGAAGAAAUGAUUAAAAGAAAACAAGAAGAUCUUCGUUCUUUGGACUCAAAAACUCAUGCAGGAUUGCAACUGAUAGAAACUAAAACUGAUGAUUCUUUAAAAACAAUUGAAACCGAAACUGACAAAAGCAUAAAAGACAUAGAAAAGGCUACAGAAAACUCAGUCCAAAUAAUGCAUCAAAAGAAAGAAGACAUUGAGGAAAAGGUAAAAACACAAAGCAAGAUAAUAACAGAAGAAUGUAAAAAAGCAGUUGGAACUAUCAAAGAUGAAGGAGAUAAAGGGAAAAUUGAUUAAGCCAAUUUUGUAGAGACUCUAGAAAAAACACUCUAUACAAGGAUUGCGGACGACAAGGAGAAACAGUACAUUGAAAAUAAAGAAAGUAAGUACAGGAGUCUUAUUUUACCUUUGAUAUACACACUAAGCGUCUGUCCUUCCAUCCUUCCUUCCAUUCCAACUUUGUGUCCAG